AAUAUGGUCAGGUUUUCGAACACCCAAACAAAACGGGCCAAAUGAUGGAAUCCAGACAGGGAACUCACCGCCGGCCAGGAUCGAAACUAAUCCAGACAGGGAACUCACCGCCGGCCAGGAUCGAAACAACCCACGCCGCCCGCCGCGGAGCUCGGGCAAAAUCCAGCCGUGAGGGAAGUAGAUCCCGCCAGGUCAAGCGACCAACAAACGCGAGGACCACCCGCGGCGCCAGAUCCGUUGGUGUACACACGGCCACAACGGUCUCGAGCCGAAGCCUCGAGGCGGCUGGGAGCACCUUCCACGGCAGCGCCGCCCACCGUACCCCAACCACUCACGCUUUCGACGAGCAGUGCACUGCGCCGCCACCAAUUCGGAGCGCCGCAAUGGCCGUAUCGGCCUAUCCAAGCCGGCCGGGCACGAGGAGGAAGACCCGCCGUCACCAUCUACCGAGUGGGCUUUGACCGGCGGCAGUGAGGGAGCAAGACGAAGGAAGGAGCUCGGAGAGUAGCGGCCAAAAUUGUCGACGGAAGCAACGGGGAUGUUGCAGUGGAUUCCUACCAUCUUUACAAGGAAGAUGUGCGCCUCAUGAAGGAUAUGGGAAUGGAUGCAUACAGGUUCUCCAUAUCAUGGACAAGGAUUCUUCCAGAUGGGACUCUGAGAGGUGGAGUGAACAGAGAAGGCGUCGAGUAUUACAACAACUUGAUUAAUGAGCUAUUAUCCAGAGGGGUGCAGCCAUUUGUGACCCUUUUUCACUGGGAUUCACCUCAGGCAUUAGAAGAUAAAUACGGAGGGUUUCUUAACCCUAAUAUCAUAAACGACUAUAAGGAUUACGCUGAAGUCUGCUUCAGGGAGUUCGGGGACCGAGUGAAGCACUGGAUCACAUUCAAUGAGCCCUGGGCCGUGAGCGUUGCGGGCUAUGCAAUGGGUGUGCUUGCGCCAGGUAGGUGCUCACCCUGGGAGAUGGGGAAAUGCAGCGCUGGAGAUUCAGCAAGUGAGCCUUACACAGUAUCCCACCAUCAGCUACUCGCCCAUGCGGCGGCCGUCAAAUUAUACAGAGAGAAAUAUAAGGUCGUUCAGAAGGGGAAGAUUGGGAUAACUUUAGUCUCAGCCUGGUUUGUUCCCUUCUCCCGUUCAGACUCCGACAGUGAUGCAGCAAAGCGUGCUACAGACUUCAUGCUUGGAUGGUUUAUGGACCCCCUAACCAGAGGAGACUACCCACUGAGCAUGAGAAGACUUGUCAGAGAUCGCUUACCGCGGUUCACCAAACAACAAUCUAAAUUGGUCAAGGGUGCAUUCGACUUCAUUGGUAUCAACUACUACACUGCAAACUAUGCUGAUAACCUUCCACCAUCAAAUGGCCUGAAGAGCUACAAUACAGAUGCCCGAGCUAAUCUUACCGGAUUUCGAAAUGGCACCCCCAUAGGUCUUCAGACUGGUUUACCUUGGCUCUACGUCUACCCUCAAGGGUUACGUGAUCUGAUGCUUUAUGUCAAGGAGAAGUAUGGCAAUCCUACCAUCUACAUCACCGAAAAUGGCCUCGGUGAAACCACCACCAACACGAGCCUACCACUCGCGGAAGCACUGAAGGACGAUGCGAGGAUAGAGUACCACCACAUGCACCUUGUUGCCUUGUUGAGUGCGAUCAGGGAUGGGGCAAACGUGAAGGGGUACUUCGCGUGGUCGCUGCUGGACAACUUCGAGUGGGCGACUGGGUACACGGUGCGCUUCGGAUUACACUACGUAGACUACGACGAUGGGCGGAAGCGGUACCCCAAGCGCUCUGCCGGCUGGUUCAAGAGGUUCCUCAAGUGAUGAGCUCGUAAAAUUAUUUACUACUCCUGAAGCUAAAGCAGUGACAAGUAAUAUGAACCGGAGGGGGUAGCAACCAGCGAGAAGAAUGGAGUAGGUCGUUUAUCUGUGUUUCGUUCUGUAAACUGUACCCCAAGGAUUCCUUCACUGAAAUCCAGUUCUUUCUAUACAUCAUUGAGUGUACCCAAGAUAUCCGCCUGACUGGCUGGU